AUGUUAAGAUUUGCUCAAAGUUCGUCGAGAACAUUUCUCAGAACAAUGUCAGCUCAGGCGUCUAGCACCAUUCCAAAGACUCAAAAGGCUUGGUUUCUUAACGAAACCGGCGACCUCGAUGUGGUCAAAUAUGACGACUUUCCAGUGCCCAAGAUUGGCGACAAAGAUGUGUUGGUCAAGAACAAAUACGCCGGUGUAAAUUUCAUCGAAGCGUACUACCGUAAGGGUAUCUAUCCCUUGCAAAAACCGUAUGUGCUGGGCCAAGAAGCUUCCGGAACCGUCGUGGCCAUUGGCGAAGAUGUGCAAGGUUUGGAGGUAAACGACAAAGUAGCGUACGUGGCAGGUGCAUCCAUGGCGCAGUACACCAAAGUGGGCUCAGAUAAGCUGUUGGUGAAACUGCCAGCGUCGACUUCCGAUGACCAACUAAAAAUUUACGCAGCAUCGAUGAUUUCCGUGCUUACGGCACUGACGUUUACGAAGGAGUGCUAUUCGAUCCAAAAGGGAGAUUUCGCACUUUUGUACGCUGCUGCUGGAAGUGCAGGCCUGGCUUUCGACCAGACUUUGAAGAAAGCCGGCGCUCGCGUCAUUGCUGUAGCCUCUACGGAUGCAAAAUUGAAGCUUGCACAGGAAUACGGUGCUGAGUUUUUGAUCAACAGCUCUAAGGAAGACAUCUUGGAACGGGUUCAACAAAUCACGAAUGGAGAGGGUGUUAGUGUCGUUUACGACUCGGUGGGUAAGGACACGUUUGAAACCACUUUGGACGCGGUGAAACGCAAGGGAACGGUUGUAAGUUAUGGCAACGCCUCGGGACCCGUCGAGCCCGUGGUAUUGGCGAAGCUUUCACCCAAAAAUGUAAAAUUGCUGAGACCCAGAAUUUUCGGGUAUCUCGGUAGCCAAGAGGAGUGGGAAUACUACUCGAACGAGCUGGUGACAGCGGUGAACUCGGGCGAAGUGACAAUUCCGAUCUCGAAAACAUAUUCCAUGAGCGAGUAUAAGCAGGCUGCUACGGAGUUGGAGGCUAGAAAGACCACGGGCAAAACAGUGCUUGAAAUCUCGUGA